CCCACGUGCCUGAACCUAACUGUCCUCCCGCAGCCCGGGAGUGCCUUUGGCCCUGGGUCUAUUCGGUCCUGCUCCAAGCUUCGCUCCAUCCUUAGGUUCCUUAACCUCUCGCCAAAUUCCCCAAGCUUGCGACCUCGACCUUUGCAGGGCGAAAUGGCCACAGCCAGGAAUUUGUCAGAGGAAAUGGAGCGGCUAUUGCAGCCUUACGACUUCGAGCUGCUGCAGGACAUGAGGCCCCUUUUGGAGAAAUACUGGUCAGUCUCAUGCCCAGUAGUUGUGAUCUACCUGCUGCUCAUUUUUGUGGGGCAGAACUACAUGAAGGCACGGAAGGGCUUCAACCUGCAGAGGCCUCUCAUCCUUUGGUCUUUCAGCCUUGCCAUCUUCAGUAUCCUGGCGACAGUAAGGACAUGGGGCUUUAUGUGGCUCCUGAUACAUAUGGAGGGCCCAGAGCAAUCUGUGUGCUUCUCUGUCUUCGCCGAGAAUUCCAUAAUCAGAUUCUGGUCUAGCCUCUUUGUUCUCAGCAAGAUCAUUGAACUUGGAGACACAGCCUUCAUCAUCCUCCGUAAGCGGCCUCUCAUCUUUGUGCACUGGUACCACCACAGCACAGUACUAUUGUACACCAGCUUUGCAUUCAAGAGCAAGAUGCCUGCUGGUGGCUGUUUCAUGACCAUGAACUAUGGCGUGCAUGCCAUCAUGUAUACCUACUACACUCUCAGGGCUGCCAAAGUGAACUGCCCCCAGAAAUUUCCCAUGUUUAUCACCAGCCUGCAGAUCCUGCAGAUGGUCGUGGGAGUCAUUACUAGCAUCCUGGCUUACCUCUGGAGAGACAAACAGGGAUGCCACACCACAGAGAAAGAUGUCUUCUGGUCCUUCAUUUUGUAUGCAACCUAUUUUGUCCUCUUUGCCCACUUCUUCAUCAGAACAUACAUAAAGCCCAAGAACAGAGCCAAGACCAAGAGUCAGUGAAGGGUUGGAAGAAAAGGCGCCCUGGGCUCUUUCCUCCCCAGGGCCGGAAAGGGCUGAGCCUGGGUUUGGGAGAAUGACUAGAGUGCCUCCCUGCAUGGCUUCCCCACCGGAUGUGUGCCCCAAGAUGGCAGGAAAUUAUGACAGAGAAGAAGCAACAUCUCUGGGAUGAGCAUGUGAUCUAGUAUUUAGAUGUUACUGCUUUUAAUGUGAGGGCCCAGGGUGGACUGAGAGGGAUCCCCAGAGCCGAGUUAUUUAUAUUUCUAUCCAGAAGUCUUCCUUCUUCUUGCUCUAUUUUUUAAAUUAAAGAUUACAACAAUAUUUUUGAACUUUUGAGGGUGGGAGAAGAAGAGGACUGCUAUGACGGGAAAGGACUGCUUGCAGUGGGAUGAGGAGUGCUGAGAGACUGCAGAGGGUGUGUGGAAGGAUGAGAAGCACACACACAGACACUCAAUAAGAAUCCUAGGCCUGGUAGGCACUUCAUAAAUGUCUUUUACAGACCAGAAUUUUAUUGCUGUUAGAGGACCAAGCCCC